AUGAUACCAUUUGCAGAUGGCCGACUGGACGACUGGCUCCGUGCUCACAGAAAUUUGAAACGAGACGAUUUACUGUUGAUGGUCAUGAGCGCCGGCUGGGGUCUUGAGUAUCUUCAUCAGAAUACUAUUCUCCACAGAGAUAUCGCAGCCAAAAACUGUCUCUACGACAAGCAAUUCGUAAAGUUGAGCGGUUUCGGAAAAAUCAAGAAAACGGACUCUUACACAAUGAAGUCGUCAAGAAAAAUGGCCAUCAAAUGGAUGGCUCCCGAAUCGAUCGAGUCUUCAGUGUUCACGCAAAAGUCCGAUGUUUAUGGCUAUGGAGUGAGUCCACCAUUGCUUAACCACGAGUUCUGCCUUCAUUGCAUCCUACUUUUCGGGGCGUGGUCGUUUCGUAAUGACCGUUCUCACUUCAGAUUCUAA